GUGCAGUACAGGGAGUCAGUGUGGAACACAUCUGCAAGUGUGUGGUAGCAAUGGAUGUUGAAAGUCAACGUGUACUACGAAUUAUUGAGGUUUAGGAUUUAAAAAACAGUUUCUGUUGGCAAUUAGUUAUGAAUAACAAUUUCUGAGAACAAUACAAUUGCAAAAAACAAUGAAGUGAUUGAAAUAUUAGGUGAAGUCUCGAAUUGUUAACCAUUUGAGGUUAAUAACUGAUUUUCAAAUUGGAACAGCCGAAUCUUUUAUAAUGAGAGACAUACCUGUAGGUGUACAAUUUUUACAAACUGUUACCGAUAAAUCUUGCCCUAACUUCUCAUGUAACCGACAAUUGUGGUACCGUACCAGCGUACUGGUGUUGACUUACAUUGCCUACACAUGUUAUCAUUUAUCACGUAAACCUUUAUCAGUUGCAAAGGCCGUUCUUCACCCAAACUGUACAAAUACGUCUAGGCAUGAUUGCAGCAGUUGGAUCCCGUUUAAUGGAACCGAUGCCGAUGCGGCUGAAGUUUUUGGAGAGCUCGAUUCUGCAUUUCUAUUUUCAUAUGCGAUUGCGAUGUUUGCGUCAGGAUUCAUUGCCGAACGUUUCAACUUACGUUAUUUUUUAUCACUUGGAAUGCUACUGUCUGGAAUUUUUUCUUAUUUAUUUGGACUCGCAAAAGUUUACAACAUACAUAAUGUUAUGUAUUUUUUAUUAGUGCAAGUAGCCGCUGGCAUUUGUCAGACUACCGGUUGGCCCGGUGUUAUAGCAGUAUUAGGGAAUUGGUGUGGGAAAAGUAAGCGUGGCCUCACAUUUGGCAUAUGGAAUUCUCAUACAAGUGUAGGAAAUAUCUUAGGUUCAUUAAUUGCCGCUAGUUUUGUUGAAACUGAUUGGUCGUUAUCGUUCAUUUACCCCGGCUUAAUUAUCGCAUUGGGAGGAUUUUUAAUGUUUCUAUUUCUAGUUGUAAGCCCUACGGAUGUUGGAUGUUACUUACCGGAUGAGGAUAGAAACAAUGCCACCUCAACCCAUCAACGGAAAUUUAAUAGAAGUCUUCAGAACCAAGUUGCUAAUAGGGAUUCAUCAUCUGAGUCUGAUUCUGAAGUAGACGAUACAGAUAUCAUCAUUGGAGAGCAAGAUUUUCUAAUCUCGGCUUACACAUCAUCUUGCGACUUUGAAGUUCAACGCCGAAAUACAGAACGAGUGCACCUCCUGAGAGAUUAUGUUGCACCUCAACAUGAAGUAGCAAUAGGCUUCUUUGGGGCGUGUAAAAUUCCGGGCGUGAUCGAGUUUUCAUUGUCUCUUUUCUUCUCAAAGCUGGUCAGCUACACCUUCCUCUACUGGUUACCGCUCUAUCUUAAUCACUCCACAUCAAUGGGUGCAACUGAUAGUGCCGAUUUUUCCAUAUUAUUUGAUGUUGGUGGCAUUAUCGGCUCUAUCUUGGCAGGAUCAAUUAGCGAUUACACCAACAUGUCGGCUACAACCUGUACUGGUAUGCUGAUUUUGGCUAUACCAAUGAUGGGGAUGUAUCAAAUUUUGGGAUCGACAAGUUUGGGCGUGAACAUUUUUCUUUUACUAAUUGUGGGCCUCUUAGUGAAUGGUCCAUAUACUCUUAUUACGACAGCAGUAUCGGCUGAUUUAGGUACCCAUUCUAGCUUGGAAGGUAACGCAAAAGCGUUAGCAACUGUUGCUGCAAUCAUUGAUGGAACAGGAUCUAUAGGAGCUGCGGUGGGGCCCCUACUUGCCGGAUUUUUAAAUGUGUAUGGUUGGGAAGCUGUGUUCUACAUGCUGAUGGUUUCUGACGUACUAGCACUUUUAUUUUUAAUACGUCUGGUUAAGCACGAAGUUAUAAAAUGCCGGCAGACACGAAGAUUGGCUAGAAUUGAAUAAUGUGAUAUUUCUAUUUAUUAGCAAUCCAUUUUAAAAGGACUCAAAUAUAUUUUAAAUGUGUGGCAUUUAUAUAUAUAUAUAUUGUAUAUACUGUAUAAUAAAUUAUUUUAAUAUUA